AUGUCUGUCGGGAACACCAGACGACUCCCAGAGUUCGACUUGACGGGAAGAGUUGUGCUCGUGUCUGGAGCUGCUCGAGGCCUUGGACUCGCCCUUGCUGAGGCAUGCCUGGAAGCCGGUGCGACGGUCUAUGCUCUUGAUCGGCUGCCACCUUCCGAACAAAGUCCAGACUUCUCUCGAAUACAGGCACGUGCAAAAGACGAACUGGGGACACAACUUCAUUACCGCCAAAUCGACGUGCGUGACGUGCCCGGACUGAACAUGAUUGUGGGCGAAAUCGCGGACACGGAGGGCCGGAUGGAUGGUCUUAUCGCCGCGGCGGGAAUCCAGCAGGAAACCCCGGCCUUGGAAUACACCCCUGAAGACGCGAACCGCAUGUUCGAAGUCAACAUUACGGGUGUGUUCAUGACAUCCCAGGCUGUUGCCAAGCAGAUGAUCCGGUUCAAAAAUGGAGGAAGUCUCGUCUUGAUCGCGUCCAUGUCGGGAACAGUCGCCAACAGAGGCUUGAUAUGCCCAGCAUACAACGCGUCCAAGGCCGGUGUAAUCCAGCUGGCUCGAAAUCUGGCUUCCGAAUGGGGACAACACUCCAUCAGAGUGAACACGAUCAGUCCUGGCUAUAUUGUCACCGCCAUGGUGGAGGAACUAUUCAAAAGUUUCCCCGAAAGGAGGACGGACUGGGCCACGCAGAACAUGUUGGGACGACUGUCCGCUCCGAACGAGUACAGAGGGGCUGCUGUUUUUCUGGUCAGCAACGCAAGCAGCUUUAUGACAGGAUCAGAUUUGAGAAUAGACGGAGGCCACAGUGCCUGGUAG